AUCGGCAGGGAUGGCUACCAUUUUGGAACCAAUUUAGCAUCCCCAAGUCAGGCACAUGAUUUCUCAAACAGCAUACACGGAAGAGAAAAUGCUCGCCAGGAGAACACUGCACCCACUGGCGCUCUCCCAACCGCCACUCCAUCAGGUUUCCUAGUAGAGGGCUUCCACACCAUCACGAUCACGAUCAGCUCGCCUCCUGCGUCCGAGAUAGCACAUGGCUCGACUGCCUCAGGAUCUCGCACGCUUCGCCUGGUCACAACGACGGAGACGUCGAAGCCUCUUCACGAGCGAGCCCGGGACGCGAGCAAAGUGCCCUCUGGAACAAAGGUCACCAUUGGCGUAUCCGUCAUGGUCGGCAUCUUGGCCGUCGUCGCCCUCAUCGCAUGGCACCUGCGUCUAAGGAUGCGCCUCCGAAACAAGAAGCGCAUCAGCCGUCCCGUCAAGCCCAGCAGCCUCCCUCCCACGCCGCUCAUCUCGCCAUCAAGCUCCUAUGCCGGACCGCUGCCGCCCAGCGGCCCCCUGACGCCUCCUGCACGGCUGCAGGAGCGCCGCUUCUUGCUGACCAGGGCCCUGAGCCUCCGCCGCAACAACCACCGCCGUCGGCGUGACGAUGAGGAGGAGGAAGAUCCGGAAGAAGAAUGGACUGCCGUGCCGCUGGCUCCCAUGCCGCCGCUCUCUUCUCCGCCGUCCAAGUCCACCAGACCCGCCAACAAGAGCAGCAGGCCCCUGGAAGAUCGGGACGAGCAGCCCAGCGGCACCAUCACGGCAACAACGACGAUUUCAAUGACGACGACGACGGGUCCCCCGCCACGGCCACCCCGCAACGACAUCCCGCCGGCUGCUGGCAGCCUCUCGAGCGUAUUCAGCAGGGCCAGCACCCUGAGGGCAGCGUCGAACGCAUCCUCAGACUCGACGACGGCGCAGAUGCCGUACAGCGAGCUUCUUCACAGGCAGCCGGCCCGAAUGUACGAGAAGAAGACGCCUCCGGCGACGAUUCGAGGUCUGGCCAGUCCCGGUCCUCCUCCGACGAGGGCGCUGCCGAGUCUCCCCGCCGAUGGCCGGAGGAGUCCCCUGAGGUCGCCCGGGCUGGCAUCGCCCACGAGCCCUACGACGCGGCGAGCUUCGCCUAGCUCGGGGGCUGUUGCGCCGCGGUCGUCUCUGGGGGUGAAUGAAGGAAACGGAGGCCCUCGAAAACCGAGAGAGGAGAAUGUUGGUGCUGGAAGGGCGUCUGGGGAGACGGGCUUGCAGUCUCCGAGGAGGGUCAAGCAUGCGAGGAAUCCAUUGCUGAAUGAGGUUUGCUUAAAUAGCGUUACAAAGGUGGAGUGA